CGCGCGUCGCUACCACCAGCGUUCAAACGUACUUCCACCUCAUCCCACGACGAUAGACUGGCACGGAACCACCACGUCUCUUUAUACAAUCUACCAAUCGAAAACAUACUUUCAUCCCAUAUCUCCUCGGCCUUUGGAUGUCAUCAUACCUGAGUCAUCGGGAAUGACUCCUAUGAACUUACAUCCUCAUUGCUAAUCAGCUUCUCGCAGCACUAGUAUUCUCCCUUCAUCAUCCCCACCGUAGCUCUCGGGGGUCAGCGACAUGGGGCAUGAUCGAUGCAGACUUCGCAAACCCCGCAUUCCUGAGCCUCGUGAUUCUCAGCACAACGCAACCAUGCCGCAGCUGGAGAAUCCUUUCGCUCACUUCUUUCUUUCCCAAGCACGCCGCAGAUCCGAGUCGGCUGCUAUCCCACUCCACGACCGUGAUGUCAGGCGCAAUACAGCGACAAGCCCUACGGCGCGAAAUCCUUUUGCGCCGCCAGUUCCACCAAAAGACGAGCCGCAUAAGACGGUGUCCACUUCAUCCGCGAUUAGCGGGGCAAGGAAUACUCUAAGUGCUUUGGAGAAAGAGUGGGUGCUUAACGACUGCAUCCAGCCGACGUCGGUAUAUAAAGAUAGGCUGAAGCAAGAAUACUCACCAAAGAGUAUGAGGGCGGUAGAUGAAAGCGAAACUCGGGAGGGAGGGUCACCGGCCUGCCGGAUACAUCCAACUUUAAGGUCGACUUCAUUACCCCCACGAAGCCUUGUAGCCCUCCGAGAGAGUGUCCAAGAUAGUGCGGUUGAUGUAGUCAGUCCUGUAGUCUCCAGCGAUGCUAGGCCGCGGAACACCGAUAAUGAAGUCGAGACGAAGGCUGCAAAGCGUGAUACUGUCGCCGACCUGUUCAGCGAGAUCAUUGGAACCGGUACAGCAGCACGGCUACCGCGUCAGAAACUGCUAGACGAGGUCUCGACGUUUUCAGCCGUGCCAUCACCCCUGCGUAUACCCAGCAAGUCCAAGUCUUCUCCUCGUGGUAGUGCCUUACCGCCGGCGCACAAGUACAACAAGCUAGAGCUAGGCGGUCGUCCUUCACUGCAAGUAGUAACAACUUUCGCGGACCCCAGAACUGCACCAGAACCCCUCUCCAACCGUCGCAGUUACACGAAACGUAUGAGUCACCAGCACAGUCGUAAAGACCGACCAGCACGCGCAUCCAUGAUAAGAUGGAGUCUGUUCCCCAAAGAAACGAAAGUAGCACAGCCAAAGGUAACACAGCCACGGAACAACACACCGCCUAUACCCCGUAAAAGCAGCAAAAGAGGCAGAAGUAUCACGGUGCGCGGGCCAUUGCUCCCAAACAAAAGCACGCAUCCUCUCGAAGAAAGCGUACUACCGCCCCCCACUAAGCAACGGCGUGCGCAAACCUUCCCAGUGCAAAAAAGCUCUCAUGAGCUGCGGAAAGAUUCGGAUAUACGUCUUUCACCCACCCUCCCACAGCGCAGAAACACACACCACAUCACCGUCAAACGGAUGCGCGAUCCAGACGAGGCUUUCGAGGAGCUUCUUGCGCUCCGCAGACGCAAGACCACUGACGUUAACGACGGCGUACCCACAGCGCCCAAGCAGGGGAAUGGCAAAUUCCACAGUGGUGGUGGCAGCCGAGGAGACUGCUUCAGCCUAUACACGACGGCAAAGGGCCACGUUGAUGAUAUUGUGGAAGUAGUGAGGAGUGUGAGACAGAAGAAUAGGGCGAAGAAGAAGCGGGAAAAGAUGAUGGCGGAGGUGCGGAGGAAGUACGAGGAGAUGGCUAGUGCUACUACUAAUCAGACGAGUGGAGAGGGGGAUUAUAAGUGGCUUUAAUUUGGUAUUGAGUAGGUUUUGCUGUGUCGAUAUAUUUAUACCAUG